AUGGCCUGGAGUUCCCGUGGGAAAGCCCAGCUCGGGGGACUGCUCCUCUCUCUCCUGGGCUGGGUCUGCUCGUGUGUCACCACCGUCCUGCCCCAGUGGAAGACUCUCAAUCUGGAACUGAACGAAAUGGAGACCUGGAUCAUGGGGCUUUGGGAGGUCUGCGUGAAUCAGGAGGAAGUUGCCACUGUGUGCAAGGCCUUUGAGUCCUUCUUGUCUCUGCCCAGGGAGCUCCAGGCAUCCCGCAUCCUCAUGGUCGCCUCCCAUGGGCUGGGACUACUGGGGCUUCUGCUCUCUGGCUUUGGGGCUGAAUGCUCCCAGUUUCAUGGGAUCAGAUGGGUAUUUAAGAUGCGGCUUUGUCUCCUGGGAGGAACUUUGGAGGCGUCAGCUUCGGCAACUACCCUCUUUCCAGUCUCCUGGGUGGCCUACGCCACCAUCCAAGACUUCUGGGAUGACAGCGUCCCUGAGAUUGUGCCUCGGUGGGAGUUUGGAGAUGCCCUCUACCUGGGCUGGGCUGCUGGAAUUUUCCUGGCCCUUGGCGGGUCACUUCUCAUCUUCUCGUCUUGCCUGGGGAAAGAAGAUGUGCCUUCUCCACGGAUGGCUGUUCCUACAGCCCCACCAUCCUGUGCUCCAGCGGGGGAGUCUGACAGCUCGUUCUAUCUAAUGCCAAGACCUAGGAGCCUGGUCAUCUAG